GUUGUGAUAAAGCCCAGGGAGGUGUGAUGGUUUCAGUAGGACUAUAGUCCUACUGUAGUCCUAAGUGGGGGACUUUGGAACAAGAUAACGGCUGGAUCUGUGCAAAUUGUGUGAGACCAGGGUAGUCCACAGAGCACAGCACACCUGUUUCCAGCAGGAGGAAGCAGAGCAUGCACCUGACUGGUGGCUCCUGACCAAUUUGAGCACAGCAGCGGACUGGCAUUCCAGAGAGCCAGGUGGGCAUGGCAGCAGAGAUGUCCCUGACCCACCGAGCGCCCCACAAGGUGCUGAGUGAGGCUGAACUGGAGGAGGUGGCACAGAGGAAACCUCCCACCAAGCCCUCUCUGCGUGGCUGUCUCCGCAAGACCAGAUGCUCAGGCUCUGCUGCCAAGUCCCUGCUGUUCCGCUUCCUGCCCUUCCUGCGCUGGCUGCCCCGCUACCCCAUCAAGGACUGGCUCCUGGGGGACAUUGUUUCAGGCUUCAGUGUGGGCAUCAUGCACCUGCCCCAGGGGCUUGCCUACGCGCUGCUGGCUGGGCUCCCGCCGGUCACAGGUCUCUACUCCUCCUUUUACCCUGUCUUCCUCUACUUCUUCUUUGGAACGUCAAGGCACAACUCCGUGGGUCCCUUUGCUGUCAUCUCUGUCAUGAUUGGGAGCUUGACGGACUCCCUGUUGCCCAGCGAGAACUUCCUGGAGUCCGUCAAUGGCAGCAAUGCAACGGUCAAUGAGGAAUUGCGGGAUGCUGCCAGGGUGGAGUUGGUGGCCACCAUCACUGUCCUGACAGGUAUCUUCCAGGUGGCCCUGGGCCUCCUGCAGUUUGGAUUUGUGGUGACCUACCUCUCAGAUCCGCUGGUGCGUGGCUACACCACUGCUUCCUCUGUGCAUGUCCUUGUCUCCCAGCUCAAAAAUGUUUUUGGAGUCUCCCAGGGCGAAUUCUCAGGGCCAAUCUCACUGUUUUUGACCGUCAUCGAUCUCUGCAAGAAGCUGCCAGACACCAAUGUGGGCACCCUGGUGACUGCCAUCAUUGCCAUGGUGGCCAUCUUAAUUGUGAAAGAGCUCAACCACAAGUUUGCUGCCAAAUUGCCCAUGCCCAUCCCCAUCGAGCUCAUCACGAUCAUCGUUUCCACUGGCAUUUCCUAUGGGGUCAAUCUGAAUGACAAGUUUGGCAUCUCUGUGGUGGGCAACAUCCCCAGCGGAUUGAAGCCACCUGUGGCCCCUAAAAUCAGCUACUUUGGACAGGUGGCAGGCAAUGCCUUUGCCAUUGCUGUGGUAGGCUACGCCAUCUGCAUCUCCCUAGGAAAAAUCUUUGCCCUGAAACAUGGCUACAAAGUGGACAGCAACCAGGAGCUGAUUGCACUGGGCCUCUCCAACUUCCUGGGAGGUUUCUUCCAGUGUUUUGCCAUCAGCUGCUCCAUGUCAAGGAGCCUGGUACAGGAGAGCACAGGGGGCAACAGCCAGGUAGCUGGUGUCAUUGCAUCUCUGGUCAUCCUGGUGACCAUUCUGAAGAUUGGAGAGCUCUUUCGGGACCUGCCCAAGGCCAUCUUAGCUGCCAUCAUCAUUGUCAACCUCAAGGGCAUGUUCAAGCAGUUCAGCGACCUCAGCACUCUCUGGAAGUCCAACCGGGUAGACCUGCUGGUCUGGAUUGUGACAUUCAUAGCCACCCUCCUGCUGAACUUGGACAUUGGCCUGGCAGUCUCGGUGGCCUUUGGGUUGCUUACAGUCAUCUUCCGUACCCAGCUCCCCCACUACUCCAUCCUGGGGCGUAUUUCUGACACCGAUGUCUACAGGGAUGUGAUGGAAUACGAGAUGGCACAGGAGGUCCCUGGCGUGAAAAUCUUCCGCUCUUCUUCCACCAUCUAUUUUGCCAACGUGGAGCUGUAUGCUGAGGCCCUGAAGAAGAAGAGCGGCAUUGAUGUUGAUCGCCUGAUUGAGAAGAAGAAGAAGGCCAUCAAGAAGCUGAAGAAACAGCAGAAGAAACUGGAGAAGGAAAAGGCAAAGAGGAAAAAGGUGCUUCCUUGAUGCAGGAGACCACCUCUCCAGUGACAUUCUGCACCUCUUCCUUCCCUGGCUCUGACACUUCUGUCAAAUGCAGAGGAUGGUCCAGGCCCAGCAGUGAUUGAGUUGAGUGGAGGAGAGAGCAGUGCACCCUCAGAGCCCACCCUGCACAGCCUAGGGCUACCCCAGCCCAGCUUCCAUGCCAUCAUCUUGGACUUCAGCACUGUCAGCUUUGUGGACACCGUCUCCAUCAAGAUCCUGAAGAACAUCUUCAAGGAUUUCCAUGACAUAGAAGUGGACGUCUUCAUUGCCAGCUGCGGGGUGUCCGUCCUGGCCCAGCUGGAGCGGGGCAACUUCUUCACUUCAGCCAUCACCAAGCACUCCUUCUUCCCCUCGGUGCAUGAUGCCGUGGUGCACAUCAGCAGGGAACGGCACAGGGCCUCGGUGGACCACAGCACCAGAAUGUAGCCCCUCAAGAGGAAGACAUCUCCCCCAGGAGCCAGGCAGGCAAGGAUGGUUUUGCCACCCU